UCGCGUCUUUCCGUUUCCUCUCACCCUCCGUCACUUCCUUCCCAUGCCAAGCUGUGCUGCGUUGCUAAGGAGCCCCGUUGUUGCCUGGUUACCGACACAGUUUUCAGCACGCGGACAGCGGCUCUUCGCUCGUCCUUCAGACGUAGCUCGGGAUACCUUAUUUUCUUACGUUAUAUUUAAACAGUGGCGCUAGCAGUGCGGAGCCAUGGCGAGUGCCCACCGGACAAACAUUCUGGUCACUUCCUGUUUGAAAACGCCGGUUGACCCGCACACCAAAGCCCCGUUAGCUUCGUACGAGCGGCAGAGAGCCCUGCCGUACACGGCCACGGGUCACCUGGACAACCGGGACUACGAGAAGGAGUUGGAGUAUGAAGACUCAGGCUCUGAUUUCUGUGAUGAAGACUGUGUGGGGACGGGCGGCCCCCUCGUGAUGAGCGGCUACGGAGCGACAGGAGACCACCUCGACUUCAGUGAAAUCUUCUUCUCCAACGAGGAAUACUACGGCAAACUGGAAGAGCUGAAGAAGGCCCACCUUCACACCAUGGCCGAGCUGGAGAGAAUGUACCAGCGAAAACUGCAGCUCAAGUCCAUGGAGCCUCUGGACGUGGAAGCGCUGGACACGGGACACAGGCUGCAGUGGUCAAACAGCAGCCCAGCAGCUUCGCGUCGUUUGAGGAAGUCGCACUCUGCCGUCGAACUCCGGAGAGGCUCAGGACUUUCAGACUCUCCAGACGAAGAUGAAGCUGACAACAACGAUGUGGAGAAAGGCCUGCUUUUUUCCCCGAAAGAACACAUCAAGAACAUGUGGCGGGACUUUAAGCUGUCCCCUCAUAAUCGCCAGCUGUCAUCCUCCUCGCUGCACAGCCUGCCGGGAGACCAGAAGACACAAAAGGGAAAAGGAAAGAAGAGGAAGGGGCAUAAAGAUGGCGAGCAGUGGAAACACAGAGUGACCGUCCCGAAACCUUUCCAAAUGAUGCUCCGUGAGGCCGAGAGGCGAAAGCGUGGCAUCAAGACACGCUCAGAGAUCGAACUGGAGAACGCGGAGCUGCGACGGCAGCUGGAAGAACUGACCGAGUGUCAGAGGAAGUUCCGUGCCAGCCCCGUACCGGCUCACGUUCACCUCCCGCUUUACGAAGAGCUGCAGGAGCGGCACGAGGAACGCCAGCGAAAAAUGAAACAACGAGAAGAUCAGCAUCCUCGAACCGUCCCAAAGCCCUUCAGCUUCCUGGAGAGGGAGCGACUGAAGAAGGAGCAGAAACAGCUGCGUCACCCGCUGCCACCCGACCAGGACAAAGUCAGACCCUUCAAGGCCAAGCCUGUGCCCAAGGCGGUCUACGCAGCAGCGUCAGGGGAGCAGGUAAAGGAGGAGCAGCUGUACCGGUCCAUCAAGAUACAGAUGAGAGCUCAGGAGAUGCUCCACAGUGCUUCAAUGCCUCCCAGCAUGCUCACACGACGACUCAGCGAACGCAGGAAGACCAAAGAUGAUGCUGCAGCCGGAGGGGACAACUACUCCCACAGGCCCCAGAUCAACAAAGAGGUACCCGACUUCGACGCCAGCUAUCGACGCUUCCAGAAACACCUGGAGAAGCACAAGGAGGUGAAGCCCACAACCGCAUGCGAACCCUUCGAACUGAGGACGUCACAGAUCCCUUCGCACCGUGAACGCAUCCUGGCUGACGUGGAGAAGGAGCAGAGCAGCCCUCGGAUGCUGCGCUGGCCGUACAUCAGCCCCGGGACAUCUCGGACGCCAAACUCGAGUCUCUGCUCGUCCCUCUCCGGCAGCUUGGAGCUCCUGCCCGCCAAAGUCACGGGCGCCACCAAAAAGCGCCAUGAGGCCGUGAGAAAGGUGCUGGAGCAGAGGAAGCAGGCCGAGGAGGAGGAGGAGCAGUGGAAGGAGAGGCAGAGGCAGAGGGAGAAGAAGCUGCAGAGGGUGGUGCUGAAACGCGCUCAGGCCAACGACCCCCACCUGGCCCUCUCACAGACGCACCAGAGCAAACUCAAAGAAUUCAGGAAACAAGAGCUGCAGCGCAAGAGGGAGUACCAGCAGGAGAUCAGAGAGAUGCAGCAGAGGGUGAAGGGGAGGCCGCUGCUGCUGGAGCAGGUUGCCCAGAGGAAUGCCAAACAGGCGGCAGAGAAACGCUACACAGACGCCCUGCGUGGAUGUGAUGUCACUGAAGAGUUUAUCAGCUGCAAGGCGGCCAAACCGGGAGCUGCACGCAAAGCCUCGCCGUCCAGCGGCAGCAGGCAGAGUAGCCAAGAGGAGCCAGACGCGGCAUAUGAACCUGUUCGUUACAGAAAAGUCUUCCUGGAUGAUGAAGACGUGGAAUUUGAUCCAAAUGAAAGGGACGGAGGGAGUGACGAGGCCUCGUCAAACCGCCACGACAGGGACGAGGACGGCAGCCAUCGCUCAGACGAGGAUCGUCAUGGGGAUGAUGGACAAGGUUCAGACCAAAGUUACCGCUACUCAGACGAUCACGAGGAGUACUCGGACGACAGCGAGCACGAUGCUGACGCGAGACGGCAGGAAGCAGGGGAGUGAUGUCAUCAAACGUCAGGAUAUAAGCGGCCUGCACCGCUGCUAUGUUCACAAACUCUGAUGGAGGAAAGUGAACACACCAAGAUCCUGAUUUUAUUGUAACUAUUGUACACGUGAAAAUGGAAACUCAAGGGGAUGACACUGAUGGUCUGAGGCCACAACAUUACUGAACCACAUAUAUGAAAUACUUGUUGUUUUUGAGCCAUCAUGGCCUGGUUUAUGUGACACAAUAAAGCCACUUAUUCAAAAACAACAGCCCGCUCGGUUUUGUUAUGAAUCUAGAACAGGUAUGAUUGUUUAAGGCCCGUGUGUUGACGUUAAU